AUGUUAGAACGAAAUAAUGAUUUUAAUGAAGAUCUAAUUGAUAAGUUUCUUUUGAUGAACACAGCUGUACAUGAAAGGUCAUAUGGAUUAAUAUUUCAUCAAGAAGAUUCAAAACGACAUGUUUGGCAAAUGAUUGAAACUGUUAAUGAAGAAGAAUUAAAUGAAAAUAUAAAUUAUGACAUUAUUCCUGAAGAACGACCACUUGUGUCACUUGUAAAUUUUGAAAAUACCAACUAUCUCAGAAAUAACCCACCAAAAGAAAAACAAAGAAUAUCUCCAUUGUAUUUGGACGAAAUGAACUAA